GCCUUCGACAAGAAGCAGUACAUGACUUACAUGAAAGAAUACGUGAAGGCCAUUAAGGCCAAGCUGCAAGAGGACAAUCCAGAGAGAGUGGAUGGCUUCGUGGCUGACGUCACACCAGAAGUUAAGAAGAUCUUGGCAAACAUCAAGAAUUACCAGUUCUUCACAGGAGAGUCCAUGAACCCAGAGGGCAUGGUGGGACUGCUGGACUACCGUGAGGACGGCAUCACACCAUACAUGCUUUUCUUCAAAGAUGGUCUGCUGGUUGAGAAAUGCUAACUACCUGGAACGACAUCUGCUUUUCAAUUGGCUGCUGCUUCCCAAAAGGCCCCAAGAGCAGACUAAAGGAGCACUAUACUUUUUUUUUGCAUCAUGCCUGAUCAGAAACAUUCUUGUACAACUUCUUAUAUAGUCACAUUACGGCACACAGCACCACUCCAAGGCUGGGUGAAUCAAACAGUAUUGGUCACUGAAUACAGUUUUUAACUUUUUUCUUUUGGCUUUUGCAGUGUUUGAUUUUUAUCCUGGGAAUUGGCCCCAUUUUGUGAUUAAAAGUAGAAGGCGGGACAGUGAGUGGAGCUCUGACUCAAUGAGUUUUUCAUGCCUGAAUACUGUUCUGCAAUGAUCUAUACAGGUUGACCUCCUCAGACCUCUUUGUGUUUAUGGUUGCAUUAAAUAAGAUUCCAUCUACAAUGAAAAGACUGGUUUAAUUUGAAAAUAAAAUCUAGUACCACCACUAAA